CCUAGAUUUGGUUAUGUUAUCGGAUAAGUGUUAGCAAUAUAGGUUCAGAGAAAUAAAAAAUUGUUUUUGUACACACACAGAAGGAUUGAGGAAUAAUUGUUUUAAAUUAUUGAUUUUUUGUCGUUGACUUCUUUCUACAAUUUGAUAAACGAGCAUUGGUUUUAUUAAACCCUUUGCAUAACUGUUUUUCAUUAACAGAAAUCUAUACAUGUUCAUUGUUUAAACUUUACUUUCCCCAUUCAUUUUUUUCAGAUGUAGCGGAUACUUUCCUUACUGUCAACACCCAUCAUUCAAACAAUUUCGUUUACACCUGAUGUACUAUAAUACUUACAUUCUGUUUCCAAUUGGAAAUAUUUCUGAGACUGCUAGUGUCUGGUUCACUUUAGUCUUAUCAAUAGAACGCUAUUUAACUAUGAGUCAAUUGGGUUCAGUUUAUCAGAAGAAACUCAGUGCUCGUUCACCUAAUUUAUCCCCUGUCAACCAAGAAGAAGAAACACUAUACAGUUUAGGGAAUAUAGAUCAAGAAACUCAGAAGACCUUUAAAGAAAGAAACACACGCGAAGAGUCAGACGACAACUUAAGAGAACAACAACACAAUUCAAUGAAGACAUGGUGUAUUAGACUGUCUACCCAUUGUCAACUAUAUAAACCAACCUGUUAUUCCAGAAAGUGCACGCUUUGUACAUGUGAACCAAAGAAAUUUCAGAUCCUACAAAAAUUAUCUUAUUUUAAGUUUUGUAAAUCGAUAAAAAUGUGUUCUUUAGCCAAAUGUAUCCAAUUUUGUACCUGCAGAAAUUGUCAUUCAAAAUAUUCAAUAGUUUUGAUAGCUAUUUUCAGUAUCCUAUUCAAUUUGCCUCUAUUUUUUGUUCAGAAAGUUAACAGUGGAAUAGUACCUACUAAACAUUCCACUGAACAAAUGAAUAAUACUGCUGAGACCAAUGAAUGGAUGCAUACUACAUCUAAGCAUAUGAGUAAUUUAACAACAUCAGACUAUCAAAAUAACCAAAGUCAAACACAAGUUUACAUUGGUCUCACAGAAUUUGGAAGUUCAGAGUUUUACAAAAUCUUUUCAUGGAUACGUAUUAUGCUAGUACAAGUUUUACCUUUAUUAUUUUUAUGUCUGGUGAAUUUCUGCCUAUUCCGGUUCAUACAUAUAGCAAAUAGACGUCGACAAAAAUAUUUACUACCAAAAGGUUUAAAUAAGAAAUCACGACGUUUUGAACUGAACAAAAUAAACUUACAUUGUCCAAAAGCGAAUGGUGGUUCUAGUGCUAGAUGGCAAGCAGCACAGCGUAAAUUAACAAUUUUACUUAUUGUUAUUGUCGGUUUAUUUAUAGCCGGACAAAUACCUCAAGGAUUUGCCUAUAUCACUAUUUUUGAAGCAUUUACUAGUCAUUUCGGUAGUGUAUGUAAAAGAUGGCGUUGUUGUCAACCUUACUUAAUUUAUCGUUCAAUAUCACAUAUGCUAGGCUUAUUUACCUAUGCUAUCAACUUUUUUGUUUAUCUUACACUGAAUAAACAUUUUAAACAACAAUUAAAAAUUUGGUUUCUAACAUUAUUUCCUAGUAGAAACCAAUUACAAAAGAAGUAUGCAUCAAAACAAACUAAACCAUCAUAUUAUUCAUAUAAUCAGUCGAAAUCAGAUGGUUCAUUUGCUAGUCAACAUAAGUGUAAUAAUAAUACAAGACCUUAUUAUAAUAAUAGACAUGAUAAUAUAUGGAAAAAAUUUAUUAAUUUAAGAAGACGUUCAUCUAUAUUAUAUUAUGAUAAUAAAAAUAAAAUAAUAUCGAUUGAAAAUACAGACUUUCCAUCUGAAGCUGUUUCUGCACCUGUCGACUUAUACUCCAGUUCAAAAUUAAGACGUAAAGUAGAUUUUAUUCAGAUAGACGAAAUGAAUUCAACUGAAAUGCCAAAAGGCACUGUUUAUAAUCCAUAUAAUUUCAAUACUAAAGUAAACUCGAUUCAAACACCAGAAUCUCUCCUAUCAAGUAACCAGCCAAUAACAACAUUAGCCGAUGAUACAUUGAAACAUUUAAUCAUCAAUAAUCCAUGUUAUACAAAUCCUCAACAACAACAACAACGACAGUCUACAGUUUCAAGAGGAAAUGAUACUAACUACCAAUCAUUUGUUUCACUACAACCAACAACUAAAUGUCAUACAGAGAUAAAAUAUGGUACAAAUCAUCCAUUAUUACUAUAUAAAACAUUUCGUGCUUAUUAUUCUCAUGAUUCUGUUAUGAAAAAAUGGACAUUUGAAUUGAAUUGUAUAAAUAAUCAACAAGUCGUUCAUGAUAUUCAUUCAAAUACAACAGCUCCACCCUCAUCAUCCUCUUCAUCAUCUACAUCAUCGUCUUCGUCAAUAACACAAAACUAUUCUAUUACCUCUAAUAGUAAUAUAAGGAAUUUAGAUCACUUUCAGCAAGAACAGACAAAUCAGAAACAAUUAAAGGAUACUAUAUUGAAUAAUACAAAUAAUACACAUUGUGUGAAUUUGCUAAUGAUGCAAAAUAGUAAUAAUAAUAGUAAUAACAAUAAUGAUCAUACUACCUAUGAUAGUAAUAACAUAAAAGAAAAUUCGAAAAUUUGUAGACAUUCAAUAGUCAAUUCAGAUUCUCAAGGUGUAGGUUUAUCCUUUUCACAUAUUUACUGUCCACUUGUGUAUAGAGAAAGUGAUUUUGAUGUUAUCUCAGUAGACGAUAGUGUUGAACAACAUGAAACUGAGUAUAAUUCAUUCUUGUAAAAAAAAAUCUAUAUUCGAAAAAAAUCACACAGAUGAUAAACUAUGCAUGAAGUUCAAAGUACCAGUGAAACAUAUCUCAUGAAGACACAAGUUCUAAUUAUAUUUAAACUAAGAAAAUGGUGUCGAUUGCACUAAACAACACAUUGACAACAGAUAAGGCUAGCUCAGGAAAGACAAUGAUUAAAC